UGGCUGGGGAAUUCUGGGGGUUGAAGUCCCCACAUAGUAAAGUGGCCAAGGUUGAGAAACACUGCUCUAGACCAAAGGUUGUGGGCUGACCGAGGGCCCUGCGCCGAACCGAGCCGAGCCGCUGGUUCGGGUUGGGUCGCCAAGCAGUUCUCUGCAGGCGUGGGCCAAAAGGGACAACGUGCCUGAUGGCUGUCCAACAGCAGGGCCCCCUGCCGGGGCUCAUUUGUGGGGGUGCCUUAGCGGAGUGCCGCAGCAGCAGAGGAUCAGGUGCUGUGUUUGCCAUUCAAGGGGCAAGGAAGUCAGCUUCAUUUUCUCAGCAGAGCGGUUUCUCUGCGGCAUCUCUUGCAUCCUUUCGUUCCCUUGUGUGUGAAUGCACACAGGCGGGGCAGAAAAGCCCCCACCCACAGACUUCCUGUUGCAGACCGACUGCAAGAAACUUCCCUGCAUCUUCCUGCCCAGUCAUCCUUUCACCUGGCAGGAGACAGCCACCUGCUGCCUGUGCCCACGAGCGGGGGACGACAUAUCUGGCUCCCCCAUCCACAAGCAUGGGAGGGCAGAAACAGCUGCUGUGUGCCACUCUCGUUGCCCUGUUCUUCCAAGGCAUCAGCAUAAGUGGAAAUGCAGCGUCUGAAAACGAAUUCAUCACCAUAAAGCAGAAAGGAAACACCAUUUUCCUAAUAUGUGAAGGGGGCAAUAACAAGACACACUGGACAAAAGGCGGGAUGCCUCUAAGCCACCGAGGAAAGGAGUUGUCUUUGGGUUCUGUGAUGGAUGACCCGAGAGGCUUCUUUGAGUGUGAAAACAACAAUAAGAAAAACAGAUCUCUGCAAGUUUUCUUCCGCAUGUGCCAGAAUUGCAUCCGUCUGGACUACACCACGAUUCUGGCGAUUUCUGUGGCAAGCCUCCUUGCCACCGUCUUCCUGGCUGUUGCUGUGUACCACAUGGCUGUGGAAGAGCGGGGCCGGCCAUCCCAAGCUUCUGAUAAGCAAAGCCUGUUGGCCAACGACCAGCUGUACCAGCCUCUCAGGGAGCACAACUACGGGCCAUACAGCCACAUUGGAGCUGCCAAGCCUCGCCACCGAUGAAUCCAUUCCAGGUUCCCCUUCCUUAGACUUAAUCACCAACUGUUACUUACUUGGUGGCAAGACGUCUGUUGAGAUGGAGAUCUGUGGGGCCCUCAUUUCGUGAAGUGCUACCUCUUCCUUGUAUCGCUUCUGGUCCAGUGCCUCAAGUACUGGUAGAGCCAGAGAAGACAUGACUAUAAUCGUUUUCUGUUUGCCGAACUAAAGAGCUGCGGGCUGGCUGGGGUGGGAGAGGCCUCCUUUAAGCUUGUUUAACAAACCCACUCUGGGGUGCCACGCUGGGAACGUGGCGACAAACAGAAUCCUCAGGAAUGUCUUUUCUUAGCAAAGCAAACGGGCCGGUUAAUCUUCCAUUUUCCUCUUUGCGGCUAAAAUUGGGUUCUUUGCACUGGUCCCCUGUGCCUUCUAUGCCUCCCCUAAUAAAAGUUGUUGCUGUAAAACUUC